AUGCUGAGGGAAUGGUACAGCACCGCAGAAUUGGACGGAGGAGAUUUCUCUCCCGUCAAAAGCUGCAGUUGCAGCAGGAAUGAAGGCAGCAGUAACUGCAGCAAAAACAGCACCAGGGAAGCAGCAACAGCUGUAACAGCUGCAGCACCAGCAGCAAGGGAAGCAGCACUGGAUGCAGCAGAAGUUGCAACAGCAACACCAGGAGUUGCAACAGCAGCAGCAACUGCAGCGAACGCUGCAGCAAGAACUGCAGCAAAAGCUGCAGCAAAAACUGUAGCAAAAGCUGCAGCAAGGACUACAGCAAAAACUGCAGCAGAAGCUGCAGCAAGGACUGCAGCAAAAGAUGCAGCAAGGACUGCAGCGAAAACUGCAGCGAAAGCUGCAGCAAGGACUGCAGCAAAAAACCGCAGCAAAAGCUGCAGCAAGGACUGCGGCAAAAACUGCAGCAAAAGCUGCAGCAAGGACUGCAGCAAAAGCUGCAGCGAAAGCUACGGCAAAAGCUGCAGCAAAAGCUGCAGCGGCAAGACCAGCAACCGGAGAGAGAGUGGUGAAUUUGCUGCUGCAGAGGCAGCAACUGCAGCAAACGUAGCAGUGGCAGCAGGAGCAGCAACUCAGCAGCAGCAGCAGCAGCAGCAUCGGAAACAGCUGCAGCAGCUGCAGCAGCAGCAGCAGUAUCGGAAGCCGCUGCAGCAGCUGCGGCAGCAGCAGCAGCAGCAUCGGAAACUGCUGCAGCAGCUGCGGUAG